UCUCUCUCCUCCUGACCCCCCCCUUGUGGGCACCCUCCUCCGCCCCUGCCGCAAUGGGUGCGCACCUCCAGCAGAUCUGCCAUUGCGCGGCGUCGCCCGCCGUCGCGGGCAGCGCCUCCUGCCUGGCGGGUGUCGCCAGGUGCCUCCAGCGGCGAUCUCCGGCGCCCGCCGCGCGCGCUGUGGCCUCUGGCAGCCCUGGGCGGUCGCUGCGGGCGGCGGUGUGGCAGGGAACCUCCGACGCAGGGGACGUCGAGGCGAACCUGCGGCGCGUGGCGGAGGUGGUCUCGAAGGCGCGCGACCAGGGGGUGGAGCUCGUGCUGUUCCCCGAGCUCUUCGCCUCCGGCUACGACUGCGACUCCACCCAGCUGCGGGCCGCCGCGCGCGCCCAGGGUGGCGCCUCCAUGCGGCUUGUGGCCAGCCUGGCCCGCGACAGCGGCGUCUGCGUGGCCCUGCCCUACGCCGAGACCGAGCACGAAGCACCGACAGGCGGGGCCGUCGCCGCGGCGCCCAUCUACAACUCCUGCGCGGUCUUCGACGCGAGCGGCCGCCUGGCGCUGAACUACCGCAAGGUGAACCUGUGGGGCCCGUGGGAGCAGGCCAGCUUCGUGCGCGGCUCGUCGGAGCAGCUCCGCUGCGCGGACGUCGCGCUGGCGUCGGGCCGCAGCGUGCGCUGCGGCGCCAUGAUCUGCUACGACGCGGGCCUAGACGACUCCGAUCCGCCCACCCAUACCACUCUCCCGAACAGAAAAGACUUGAUGGACGUGGGGCAUAUGGGGUCAUGUGUGGUAUUCUUCGGAUCGCUGCGAGGUCGCAUCGAGGCCAGGACUUAG